AUGGCGAGCCUCUCCAACGGCGUCCUCGGCGCCCUGAACGCCGUCGCCCUCCUCAUCUCCACCGCGCUCAUCGGCGCGGGCGCCUACCUCCUCGGGCAACCGGACACCGAGUGCCAGCGCCUGGUGCGGCUGCCCGUCAUGGCGCUCGGCGCCGCGUUCCUCCUGCUAUCGCUCAUGGCGCUCGCCGGAGCGUGCUGCCGCGCCACGCCGCUCCUCUGGGUGUACGUGACGGCAAUGUUCCUGCUCGUCGUCGGCAUGUUCGUGGUCACCGCCUUCGCGUUCGCCGUCACCAACAAGGGCGCCGCCACCGCCGUGUCCGGGACCGGGUACGGGGAGUACCGGAUCGGGGACUACUCGGACUGGCUGCGGGACAGGGUUAGGGACUACGAGACGUGGCGGCGGAUCGAGAGCUGCAUGGUGGACGCGGGCGUGUGCGGUGGUUGGGUCGGCGGCGUCGACGGCGGGAUCAGCGCCGGCGAGUUCUACCUGCUGCACCUCCCGCUCGUUCAGUCCGGCUGCUGCAAGCCGCCGGCGUACUGCGGGUUCGAGCCCGUGAACGCGACGUUCUGGGCGGCCCCCGCCUCCGGCCCGGCCACGGCGGACGCCGUCGACUGCCGGGCGUGGAGCAACGACCCGCGGGUGCUGUGCUUCCGGUGCGACGCGUGCAAGGCCGGCGUGCUGGCCACCGCCAAGAAGAACUGGAAGGCCGUGGCGACUCUCAACGUCGCCGUCCUUGCGCUCCUCAUGCUCGCCUACUCCCUCGGCUGCUGCGCCAUUCGCAACAACCACCGGUACUGA